CGCCUUAAACCGUUCUCUCUUCUCAAAACUGAAACCUCACCCACUACCCACAAACCCCAAAAUGCCGUCGGAAACAAACCCAGAAUCCACGCCGUCGCCGUCGCCGGCGAAACUCAUUUCCUUACACUCUCUACCAGUCCAGUCACCGGAGCCAACUGGGUCACAGACGCCGCCGCUCCAGACACCGGUUUCAAUUCCUUUUCAAUGGGAAGAGGCACCAGGGAAGCCCCGAGAGGAUGCACCGGUUCCCAAUCUGAAGCCUAAGGCUAUCAGAUCCUUAGACCUUCCUCCGGCGAGGCAAGGGAAUGAAGAUAAAUUAAUAUCGAAUUCGCCGUCGCCGUCGCCGACGACUGUUCUUGACGGGCCGGACUUUGGAAGGGGGAUGGUGACACAUACGUUGUCGUUUUCAUUUGGGAAGUUGUCUUUUCGAAGUCCGGAAGGUGGGUUGAUGGGUAGCAGCCGGAGACAGAUCGGAAAGGAUGUUGUUGGAAAUGGUAGUCAUAGAUGGAAUUUUAGCUCUUGGAGAUGGGGGAGAAAUGAAGUUGCAGAUGGGGGUAAUUUGGACUUUUUGAAGUCUGUAAUUGUAGAUGAAGAAGAUGGUCUGUUUGAUCAGGUUCAUGGGGACUCUGUUUCUUCUUCAUCAACAAGGAAGAAGACUAAAAGAAAAGCCAGUCAUUUCCUGGCAAAUAUCUAUGAGAGCUUUAAGCAAGUUGUCCCAUGGAGGAAGAAUAAAGGAAGUUUGACUAAGCAAAGAACAUGAGCUAUUUUAUUUAUUUGAUCUUCCAAUUUUAGGGAGUUUAUGUUUCUCUAUAUGUUUCAAAAAAAUAUUAAUGCUUAUAAUAAAUUAAAAAAAAAAAUAACAUGCAAUCAGAUACUAGUCUGAGAAAUUAAAAUAGACUUGGUCUGAGCUUUAAUGAAAGUAGGGUUGUAGUUGGUUGAAACUUUUACAAUAUUGUGGUGUAUAAAUGUUAUGGGGCUUGUCAAAUUAAUGACUAGUAGAUGAAAUUUUAAUUUUACUAUCUUUU